GGACUUAGCUUCCUCUUCUGCUUGGUCGUUGCACUUACAGUCAUUGUAGACAUUUUUGAUGGUGCCAAAAAAAAUCCGGACAGUAGGCUCAGAAUUAGCACAGUUCUCAUGUGAACAUCAAGAUUUUCAUUUGUAACAUCACGUUUACACUUUGACGUGAGGUUCACCCAUCACAGCCGUUGUGUGCGAGCACCAUGCCGUUGGUGACCCGCAGCAUCGAGCCCCGGCAUCUCUGCCGACAGACCCUACCUGAUGCAAUCAAGAGUGAGCUGGAAUGUGUGACCAACAUCACCCUCGCCAACAUCAUUCGACAGCUGGGAAGCCUGAGCAAGUAUGCAGAGGAUGUUUUCGGGGAGCUCUUCACCCAGGCCAGCACCUUUGCAAUACGGGUCACCACCCUGGGUGAGCGGGUGGACCAACUCCAGGUCAAAGUCACCCAGCUGGACCCCAAAGAGGAGGAAGUUUCUCUCCAGGCCAUCACGACUCGGAAGGCGUUCCGCAGCAACUUGACUCAGGACCAGCAGCUCUUCAUCCGGCCAUCUCUACCGCUCCCAGUGCAGGAGACAUACCGCGUCUGUGAUGAGCCCCCGCCUCUCAGCAAACUCAGCGUGUAUAGGGAUGAUAAUAAGGAUGCUAUGAAGUUUUACACUGACCCCUCGUACUUCUUUGACCUGUGGAAGGAGAAGAUGCUUCAGGACACCAAGGACAUCAUGAAGGAGAGGCGCAAGCACCGGAAGGAGAAGCGGGAGAACCCGAACCGGGGCAACAUGAACCCGCGGAAGAUCAAGACGCGCAAGGACGAGUGGGAGCGCCGCAAGUGGGGCGAGGAGUUCGUGGUCCCCAAGGCCGACGGGACGCCCAACGACGUGCUGAACGGCAGUAUCAGCUCAGGGGACGGGAUGGGUCACAUGGGUUCAGACGGGGAGCAGAGCAGCUACUUCGACCCCGGCUCGCCCCUGCCCCCACCCAUGACGGACGAGUUCCUGCCCCCGCCGCCCCCGGACAUGACGUAUGACGACCGGAGAGGAGCUCCAACCCAGAACCGCAGCAGCAUGAUAAGCCCCGCCCACCCUCCUCCUGCCCCGCCCAUGGCUGGCUCUCCUCCAGGCUCACGGCCCACUCUGUCCCCUCCCCCCGCCCCCCCUCCCCCGCCCCCCUGCGGCAUGGACGUGCCUCCGCCCCCCCCGGGAUUCGACUCCCCACCCUCCCCGCCUCCUCCCAUGUCCUUCCCCUCUCCCAUGGCACCUCCCCCUCCUCCCUCUCUGGAUCCCUCCAUCCCCGCCCCUCCCCCGUCCCUGCCGCCCGGCGGGCCCCCGCCGCCUCCCCCUCCUCCUCCUCCUCCCGGCCCGCCCCCUCCUUCCUCUGCUCCCCCUGCGCCUCCUCCACCCGGUGGGGCUCCGCCUCCCAGCGCCCCCAAAGCUCAGCCGGCCCCCGUGCCCGACGCUCGCACCGACCUGCUGUCCGCUAUCCGCCAAGGGUUCAACCUGCGGAAGGUGGAGGAGCAGAGGGAGCAGGAGAAACGCGACCACGUGGGGAACGACGUGGCGGCCAUUUUGUCCAGGCGCAUCGCCGUGGAGUGCAGCGACUCCGAGGAUGACUCCUCUGAGUUUGACGACGAAGAGUGGUCCGACUGAGCUCCUCUUCCUCGUCGGUCUCCUUUCCCUCCCCUUCCAGUGUUAAUCUGACCGGUUUCUCAUGAACAAGCAGUACCAUUUCUGUUAAAGAAUAGGGGUCCAAAGGUGUGUCUGUGUGUCUGUGUGUCUGUGUGUCUGUGUGUCUGUGCCUGUGUGUGUGUGCGCAUGUCAGUCUCCAUGUGCGUAGGCUGGGGUUAAUUCCAGCUCUGUUGCCGUUUGAUGUGGUUGUUGGAGCAACAGCUCGUCUCUGAGCAUACAUAAUUCAGGGCUCCAGCAGGGGCUAUGUUCAGAUGUAACCCCUCCCACCCCUCCCAUGCCCCAGCCUGACAGGCUGAGCUGAGUGCUGCCCCCCCCCCACCCAGAGCCUUGAUCACAUUACAUCACCCCUGUCGCAUGAAGUAUUCAUGCCAUCCCCACACAGUUGUGUCUCCAAGCCAAAGAUGAAAGUGUGUGUGUGUGUGUGUGUGUGUGUGUGUGUGUGUGUGGGGGGGGGGGGUUGGUUUUAGUGCUUGGUUACUGACAGCCCAUGAUUUCUGUUUUAUCAAGUGUCUCAAAUUUCUUGUUCACCUCUUGACCUGAAGGCAUCUUGCCAGUGGCCAGAUGGCUUCCCUUUCACUGUCUUUAUCCAAAUCACCGCACAGCAGUACUCCAAUACUGUCAUGUUUAAUCCUUUUAAAUAUAAUCAAGUUUAUUAUGUAUUACCUGGUAUAUCCAAUCAUCCAAUCCUGUUUGUUUCAGACCUUUUCCCUGUCGUCCUUGCUGUGAGAAGCAAGAAGGGUCCAAACAAUGUCGCUGUUGUGUUUGGAACACUAUGUGCAAUGCGGAUGACUGUACCUGCUGUAUUGCGGGGGUUUUGUAUGGGAGGGUGUAUUGUGGGAACCUCGUAUUGACACAAUGCUCUCAUUAUGUUCUCACAUUUGUGGCACAGUUUGUGGCAUUGGUUUUCUCCACUGUAGCUACACAAGCUGUUGUCGCAAUUGCAGAGCCUAAGUGCGGAGGCCAUCUUAAGAGGACUACAGUGCUAUUGCCCUAUAUCUUAACAUGAAUCUAUAGUCAUAUUGAUUUUGUAUGUCGAUCAAUCAAUGAACUGGAGAGUUGGAAGGGCAGAGUGCAUUAUGGGAAGACGGGGUGUAGUCUUUGCAGUGGGGAGGCAUUGCCUGAAUGCAGUUGUUAACGAUGCAGUAUGUCAAAAAGAUGCUAUCGGUCCUGUUGACUAGCCUUUGUCAGGCUUCAAAGCUGAUCCUUGUUUCAGAGCUGCCCAUCAGGGUGAGAGGUGAAUGAGAGGAUGAGGAUAUUAAAUGGUUAGAGAAUUAAAAGCACAAAUAGUCCAUCUCUGCUUAGUCUCCUCUCUUAUUGGCCGCUAUUCCGUAGGUGCGGUAAUGCCACCCCAAGCCCUGCAUCCUUUGCCCCGCCUCCCCAGACUCUGCGCUUAUUGCUUGACCUAUAGAACUAUUUAAACUUAUUUUCUGAUAAUGGAACAUAUAUAUUAUAGGUGGUGGGAUAUUCCAUGUAAUAAAUGUAAAAGAAAGUAUAGGUCCCAAAUGUCAUUGUUCUGAAUCGGGUAGCCUCCUAUCACUCCGGUGGAUAUUCUGAGGUAACAGUUAGUCCUUCCUUGCUAAUAAGCCAAUGUCUAUCGCAUGAAAAAAAAAGUGCCUUUUUCUCUUUGUUACAAGUGCCUCAUUUUAAAAUGCCAAAGUGUAUUAUAUGUAUGCAAAACCUAGAAUGGGCUAGAACAUGUUUUUUUUCUGUAUCUGUAUUUCCAUAUAUUGCUUUUGCAUUGCCUUGGAUAAAUCUAACCUGGAGCAAAAUCAAAUAAAAUGGGGGAAUGGUUUGAAUAAAUGUAAUCCAAUGA